AUGGCCGACGGCGCCGCCUCCCUCCUCUCCGCCGCCGUCCACGGCGGCAAGGGCCGAAUCAACGGACUCCACGACGACCUCCUCCACCAAAUCAUCGGCCAUCUCCCCUUCACGGACGCCGCCCGCACCUCCGUCCUCGCCUCCCGCUGGCGCCACCUGUGGCGCUCCACCCCGCUCGCCAUCGACGAUGCCCACCUCCCCGUGCCCGCGCGCGCCACUUCCGCCGUCGCCGGAUUCCUCGCCGACCACCCGGGCCCCUUGGUCACGGUGCGCCUCCGUCACUGCAGGUUCGCCUCCCUGGACCCUACGUGGCCGCGCCUCCUCGCCGGCAAGGGCACCCUGCAGGAACUCGCCCUCUUCAACAAGGACGGCAAGGUCCAGCCGUACUCUGCGCGCCUUCCGGCCGAGAUCCUCCGCUGCGCGUCGCUCCGAUGCCUCUCCCUGGCCUUCUGGAUGUUCCCCGGCGGCCUCUCCGGCGGCGCGGACAUCAUUCUUCCUCAGCUCCGGGUGCUCGAAUUGAUAAAUAUUUACAUUAGCAAAGAGGACCUGGACACAUUGCUCGCUUCCAGCCCCGUUCUGGAGACCCUUACGGUGCGUGGUCCUUGGGCUUUCCGGAGUGGAGCAUUUUGGAACUACCACAAGCGCAAGCGCUUCCAUCUCCGCAGCCAAAGCCUCCGGUCCGUGGUCCUUGGGCUUUCCGGGGUGGAGCACUUUGAAGUGACGGACGCUCCGGUCUUGGAAAGCCUCAUCUUGAAGGAGCAGUCUGCUGCUGGAUGUGAUGAUGGUGGGAGGAUCAACAUAGCUUGCACACCAAAGCUACGGAUUCUCGGCUACCUGGAGCCAAGAGUUCACACGCUGCAGAUCGCUGGUAAUGUGAUCAGGUCUGACACUGUAGCGAGCCCAAGCGUUGUGGUUCCAGGUCUCAAGAUAUUGGCCUUGAGAGUGAAUUUCCGUGUCUUACGAGAGGUCAAGAUGCUGGCCAGCUUCCUCAGAUGCUUUCCCAACAUCGACACUCUGCAUAUCGAGUCUGCGCUGCAUGAUCCAUCUGCGAUUCACUAUGGUGUCACUAGGGAGCAGCAUGCUGAGUUAUGGCAGGAGGCCAGUGCACUUAAGUGCUCGAUAUCGCACCUCAAGAGGAUGGUUUUCCACAAAUUCAGAGGGCAUCCAAAUGAAAUCGAAUUCCUCAAGUUCAUCGCGACGGAUGCACAUGAGCUGGAGUCUUUGCUGCUUGUGCCGCUCAAAGGAAGUUUUACUUCAGCAGCCCAGGUGAAUGAGAUGAUAGACAAGUUGGACUGCCCACAGUUUCUAGCGUGGGCCUCUAAAGUGCUGAUAGUGUCACCUAAAAUGGACAUUGCUCGGAACUUGCAUAAAGCAUCCGACCUUUCCAUCAACGACCCUUUUUGUUACUGA